AAGGGUGUUUCACAAAAACCCCAAACCCUCACUUUCAGCACCUCAAUUACCCAGAUGAAAAUGGAUGCCAGAUUCCAGUCCUUACCACCUCUCAAAAGAUUCAGACUUCAACAACAACAAGAGAAAAUGGAUGCCAAAUUCCAGUCCUUACCUCCUCUCAAAAGAUUCAGACUCCAACAACAAGAAGAGCAGCAGAAGGAGAAAUUAGCAGAAGAAGAAAACAAGGAAAAUAUGGUGAUUCCUUCAACCUUACCGGCAAAGAAGAGAAGGGAAUCCCGGGAAACACUUGCGGCUCGUCACUAUGCCGCCGCCGCCGCCGCCACCACCACCACCUAUAAUUUGCCAGCGAAGAAAAGGGUAUGGGCGAUGCCUCCCGAUUUAGUCCUUGAGAUGCCCUUCUCACCUAUCGAUCUCAAUGUCGAGUACAAGUCCUCUUUCGAUGAAGAGGUGAAACCGAAAGAGGAGAUCCCACUUGCAGAUACUGCCGAUCAAUCUGUUCAAAAGAAGGAAGAGGAGAAGGAAGUAUCAGUUAUUGACAACGCUAGUGAAUCAUUUGAAAAUAGUGAUACUAGUCUGCAAGAGCAGGAUGUAGAAAUCAGUGACGUUGAGGAUGAUGGGAUUGUGUGUGCAAUUUGUGAAAGUACAGAUGGUGACCCAUCAGAUCCAAUUGUCUUCUGUGAUGGCUGUAAUUUGAUGGCACAUUCCACUUGCUAUGGAGAUCCUUUGAUAAAGGGUAUCCCGGAAGGUGACUGGUUCUGCGCACAAUGCUUGGCCUCUCGCUUGUCCGAAGAUCAGAAUCAAGAAAAACCAGCACCAUUUUCUUGCUGCUUGUGUCCAGUGAAGGUGGGUGCAAUGAAACCCACCAGCGACGGGCGGUGGGCGCACAUAUUAUGUUCGCUGUUUGUCCCUGAGGUGUUUUUCGAAGACCCAAAGGGCCGUGAAGGAAUAAAUUGUUCUAUGGUGCCUAAGAGGAGGUUUAAAGAGAGGUGCUAUGUUUGUAUGAGCAGUAGUGGCUGCGCGAUUGAGUGCUCCGAGCCUAAAUGCCCGUUGGCAUUUCAUGUUACUUGUGGGUUGAAGGAGGAUCUCAUCAUUGAGUACAAAGAAGGAAAGAAAAAGGCAGGGGCUGUUGUGGCUGGAUUCUGCAAGGACCACACUGAACUGUGGAAAAAGCAGCAACAGACAGGCAAGUUCAAGAUUGUUGCCAGAGAAGAGCACCAGAUUAGUUAGAUUUAUAGUGAUUAACACAGCUUCUGGAACUGCAUGAUGCAUCUGAUGGUUACUGUCAUAUGCAGGUAUCCUUGAUCUGUCUUUAUCUUUUAUUAUGAAUCUGGUCAUUUGGGGAAUUAAGAUGUUAAUACAUUUGGCUAUCCUCAAUUUGCUGAUUUCACAGUUUUCUUGAAUCUGGAUUUGGUUUUCUAUAUUCUCAACCUUGGUUUGAAAAUCUUUCGGUUUUGAUGGAUUCAUGCAGCAGUUUCUCCAACAUACUAACUGUUAUUUAUUUUACAUAUGGCCUAUCCAAUCAACAAAACAUCGGAUUAUCUAUCAUAUCUUUUAAAAUAAGAAAAGAACAGAGUGAAUUAGGUAAUCUGAUGUGAUGUUCCAAGACCAUAAUUUUUGAAGAAAUUCAACAUAGCAGAAUGGCAGCUGCAGAGUGGAACAAGGAAAC